GCAGUGGCUCAAGACACAGUUUAAAUGCGUAUCGAUAGUCAUCGGAGCCAGAGCAAAGACAGGCUAGAAUAUUCUUGUCAAAAUGGCUAGAGGAACGUGUUGUUUUCUCAUAGUUCUGCUGUCGAUUGUGUGUGUCAGAGUGAAUGGACUUUGCAUGCCUGAGCAUCCACAAACAGCCGUUUGCAGAUCAAAAUACGUCGCCAGAGCAAAAGUGAUUAGCACUGACUGGGAACGAGAUUCGAGGACAACACGCGCACCAACAACAACUGCAGCUAGGACAACACGCCGCCCACCGUUGACCUUGCCAAAGCCAGAGAAUGGGGAAACCGACUUUGUUGUUGGUAGAAAGCCAGACGAAAAGCUUCAAGAAUUGUUCAAGAACGGAGAAGUCCUUGUGAAAGAGGAAGAUCCUUUAGCAGCACCGGCGAUGUUUCCAUUUAUGAAGCCCAAAGUUGUUCGUUUUGAGCUAGAGAAAUUAUACAAAGGUACCAAGUACUUGCAAAACAAAAUUGGAUACCAGUUCAGCGUCACAUACUCUUCCUUCAGGCCAGUCCCAGUUGAAGUUGGAAAGUCCUACCUAAUAACUGGCUUUGCAGUCGGCCACAGCCUUUAUAUGAAUGAAUGUAAUUGGUUCUCCUUGUGGCAGAAUCUUUCAGAAGUGCAGCUUCUGGGGUUGAGACGGUAUUAUUGGAUCUACUGCAGAUGUAAAAUUCGAUUUUGCCCGGGAUGCAAACCCAGCCGCGUGAAAUGCGACUGGAACCCUCCAUUCAAUAAAAUUGGAAGGGAUAAAUAUGACUUCCUAUCAAAAGAAAAAUUAUGCAUGGUAGGAUGCGGAAGAUGUGGAUGGUUUACACCAAGGGAGACACCUGUGUGCAAAUAAAGUGUAGUAGUUUAACCAGACCUAAUUGACAUCGCAAGAUAGACUACGCUUAAUAACCACAGGUCCAAUACAUAGACCGACGGCUGUAAAUAUGCGGAUACAUGGAAAGCCAGUAAUCAUUAGAUUUUAUAUUUCAGAACAUAGAAUUAAUUGACUAGAAUUACAUGGAUUUACCAUGUAAUUCAAGCAUUACGCGUGUUUGCAAAUAAAUAAUAACAUAUCAUAAGAUGAAUUUAGUUUCUAAA